AUGUAUCUGUCUUGUGUAGGUAUUGACGUCGUUGGUGGCAGGAGCAGUGAAUCGAUACGGCCUGUUGCUCUCCCAGACGCAUUCAGUAAUGAUGGUUUCAGCCUAAGGCCUUCGUGGUAUCCUUCUGCAGUGGGCCACACUGCAUCCAAGCGAGCCGUUCGGAACGAUAGUCGAGAUGGUAUCGUAGUCAUGACGUCGGUCAUAGUUGAAGCGCCACAGUCUCAGGGAAGGAACGCAGUCCUCACCCCCGCAUCAGUGACUGCCGUAAGUGGAAUCCCGUAUCACCCCCUCUUCCGUUCCACACAUUUUCCUCUACCCACGCAUCACUCUGUUUUCUCAGCCUUCAGAAUUCAUCUCAUCCUCAAACUGUAUACCGCUCCUGCAUCAUCAUCUCAGCUUCAUCCCUCUUCGCAAGCACAAACGCAAUCUCCGACCCCACGGCCACCACGACUGUCGCCACCAUCCCGAUCGGCGCCCCGAUAG